AACCAAAUAGGCCCAGUUCACCAGCCUGCAUCUGCAGCCCAGAUCGGUAGAGGCCCAACAGCCCACUACCCAAACCCCCAGAUCGACCGGUUCUGGCCUUUCAGAAAAAACCCCCCUUGGAUCUAACUUGAGACCACCUGCAAUCGAAAGAAGAAGACAAGAUCCUACGCACGAAGCCUCCGGUGAAGCUCUUCACGCCUCCACCUGCAAUUCGAUGCCCUCCGAUCAACGUCACAAAGCACCACCAAACGUCGCCCGUGCCUUCAAACCCUAGCACUAGAUCGAAAUCCCUGCCGCUGUCCACGUACCCGAAGAGAACGACGCCGUAAGACGUCCUCUGGCAGGACGCCGCCGCCCUGCUGCACGAAACCCUAUAUUGAGCUCCGAACUCUGCUUAUUGAGUGUGUUUCAUAUGUGUUAAUACUAUUUAGGCUCUUCCGUAUGCAACUACCGCUUACGAGUAACAGAAAUUUCCAUGGUCUUUUGAAGGGAAUCACGUGCUAGUCUGUAGAUCAGUUGCCAGUGAACUAUAUAUGGUCCUUUGAUAAUAAUUCAUGUGACUUGGACAUCUGCUAUAUCAGCCCCUGGAAUGCACUUCAGUGCUAUCUUGACUCUUGAGAGCAUGCAUUCUUCAGGUAGGGGUUAUCCAUGAAAUACUGGGAAAUGGAGCUGAGGCCGAAUAUUUUUUUGGAUCGGGGAAAAAGUCUUUCCUGCUCACAUAGCUCGACUCUUUUUAACAUUGUUUUUCUUCUUCUUUUUUGGGAGAACUAUACCAUAAGAAGCAGCGUUGGGCUUCAGCAAAAAAGGAACUUCAAAGUUCCAGGCUCAAAAUGCAUAGUGAUACUUGAAGUAACUGUUACACAUAAUCUUGCUGAUUUAUACCAAAGCCCCAUCCAUCAGUGAAAUUGAGAGUGCAUCUGCAGAGAAAUUAUCUACUGAUCUCUACAAAGAAACUCUAGCCAAGCUACAUACUUCUGAGUGGAAAAAGUCUAUUGCUUGUCUUGAAGAACAAGAUGGUACUAUUUUAGUCAAAGAUGGCAAUUCACAACUUGAAGGCAGUAUUGAGUGCAAUUUUCCCAAUACAUUGUGUAAGAAGGAAUUUCCCUGGGAUUUGGAUUUGCAAAACUGUGUAGUAUCAUUUGGGGGUGAUGUACCAUGCAUAUGCAAAGCAAUGGGGUGUUGGCAUUGUCUUACAGGGAAAGUAACAAAAUCUGGCUUAGUGACUGACUCUAUAAAGUUGAAGUGGGAACUAGUACACCGUCGUCUUUCACUCAAGCUGCUCACAGGAUUAGGAAUAUGAGGGCCAAAUUCAUGAAGCAUGUGAAAUUAUAUUUCAAAGCAUAUCAGUAUUAGUUGGACCAAACCCAUUUUGUCGCGCAAGCAAAUCAACUUUCUUGCCUGAUACGAUGGGAAAGGAAAUCAGUGCUCAGCGGAAACAUAUAAACCUAUAUCAUCUAAUGGGAAGGGAAAUCCCAGGAGAUAUGCUCAAUGUUGAGCGUGCUGUAAUACUUUACAACCUAUGUUGGUUGUCUUUGAAGGACCGUAAGAAGGAUACCAGCAAUAAUCCCCAUGUGCUGAUUGAUAUUCCUAUAUCAAAACUAGUGUCUUGGUUGAUGCUUUUAUUCGUCCUCUGCCGUGAGGUUCCUGCACUUUUUCAGAAGGUUUCGAGAUUGCUGGCUGCUAUUUUCUCACUGUCUACCUCAAGUGUGCUUGAAGCUCCAUUGUCAACUUCUUGCAAAGAUCUCUGUGGACGUCAUUGGGUUUGUUUUUUUCAUCAAGCUUCACUUGGAAUUCAGUUUAAUUACCAGUUUUCCAUGAAAGAAGUCCAGCAGGGUACAGACACUAAGGGUUCACACAUGGCAUCAGGAGCACAGAGUUUACCUAGGCUUGCACCAGAAUCUAUUCUAAACCUUAAAGACUUUGUAAAAGAAUUUUUUGAAGGCCUUCCUGGCACCACAGUCAUCUGUCUAAGUUUACUUGGCUGCCCAUAUACUAGUAUGUUUCAGGAAUUAUUGUCUUGUUCAUCUGCUCCUGCAUGGAUUAUGGUGUCUCGCUUAAACCCUAAGAAUCUUCCUAUACAUAUUCUUCUGCCGGUGCAUUCAGUACCAGGAGAUUCAGAUGGUGUUACAAAUUCUGGUGGGAAUGAUGGUGGUCAGUGGCGCUGUCCAUGGGGUUCCACUGUGGUUGAUGAUGUAGCUCCGAAUUUUAGAAUGCUAUUGGAGGAGAAUUUCAAUUUAUCAAAUUACGAGUUAGCUUCAAGUCCUGCUGAAAAGAAAGAUCAUAUAUAUAAUGUGUGGGAAGCGAGACGGAGGAUUGAUGAUCGCCUUUGUACAUUGCUGAAAAACUUGGAAGAUUCAUGGUUUGGUAGUACUUUGAAAUAUGUGCUUCUUGGUGAAGUGUCCAACUGCAAGGAUCUGGACACGUUAUGUGAGAACCUUGUGAGGAAAUUGAAAUCUCAAUUCACGGACAUAGAUUCUAGUCUUCUGAAAGUCAUCGUCCUAGGGGUGUCCAAAUAUGGAUUUAAAGGAGGCACAGAACAAGUUAUGUUGGAGUUUUGCCUUAAGAAAGGUUGUUUCUUUAGUGAUGUUCAUUUCAAGGAUGACCAUUGUGCUGAUGAAUUGCGUGGCUUUGCUUCCAAACUACAUGAAGCAGUGAAGAAGGUCAAAGGCUUUAAUAGAAUUAUAAAGCCGACAAUCUUAGUCCCAGACUUUGACGUCCAGAUGCUUCCUUGGAAUUUACCGGUACUAAAGAACCAGGAGGUUUAUCGCAUGCCAUCAGUUUGGAGUAUAUUGGCAGCAUAUAGAAAUGAGCGCAAGAUCAAUCCUUUGGAUGCCUAUUAUUUGUUCAACCCUGAUGAUAGCCUGAAUUGCAAACCCGAUUUUGACAAAUUGUUUAGAGAUAAUAAGUUGAAGGGGAAGGUUGGACAUGCACCCCCAACUGAAGAACUGGCAGCAGCUUUGGAAAGCAGGGAUCUCUUCAUAUAUAUAGGCCAUGGAGAUGGGUCGUUAUAUAUUCCUAAUGAUAGGAUCGAGAGACUCCGAAACUGUGCUGGGGCUUUCCUAAUGGGAUGCAGUAGUGCUUCUUUGAAACUAGAUGGGUGUUAUUUCCCACGAGGUCCUCCCCUAUCGUAUCUGCUUGCCGGUUCUCCUGUCAUUUUCGGCAAUUUAUGGGAAUUAACAGGCCUUGACAUUGAUAAAUUUACACAUGCUAUGCUUGUCUCUUGGUUUAAAGAUAGGUCUUACCCUAAAGAUUGCGAUUAGAGGCUAAUGAUUGGAACAUGCAUGAGUCGAGCCCCUGAUAAGUGCAGUCAUUUUCCUUGCUUGGUUGGGGCAUCACCGGUCUGUUAAGGAGUUCCAACAGAACUCAAAGGAACUAUGGAAGUAGCCACUCCUAGCACUGAGCUAAGCCCAACAACCUGCCUUGGGAAAUAAUUAGAUGAUGUACAUGAGUGUAGCAUCUCAGAUUGAAUAUGAGAUCAAGCCGAUUGUUCUUCUGCAGGCUAUACCACUUGGAGGAUUUUGAGAUCAAGCCGGUGGAUGAAUCAGAAUUAAUCGAAGCAUUAGAGUCAAUGAAAGUAGUUGAUGGAAGAAUUGACUCUGAGAACAUAACAUCAUAAGCAAACCCAUCACAUUAUUUUUUAGCCUCCAAGUGUAAAAAGUAGAAUACAUCAGCAGAGGUGUCUCAAAUUGUUGUGCUCUGUUUAAAAUUGAAGAUUUCCCAAAAAACAGAAAAUCGGAUAAAAGAAAAAUAUUGAAGGCCGACUUUUCAGCAAACGAA